AUGGCGACUCCCGCCGCGGAGAAGACGGAGCUGAAGCAUCAGGGCGUCAUUGAAGCUGCCACUGAUCUUGUUGAGGAUCCAGAAUCUAAGGUGAAUCCGGACACUGUCGAGGAAAAAAUAGUGAAAGAAACUCGAGCAGCAGGUGGUGCGGCCUACCAAUUCGACCCCGAUGCCACUCCCGAAGAUAAAGCGGCCGCAGCACAAAGCCGAUUACCGCCAGGUCACGACGAGAAGCCCAAAGCAAUGGCUGUAUUGACCGAUGCUCAAAUAGAUAAAGAUGGCGACGCUAAACCCGACUAUGAUCUCCCACCCCCGUCUUCGGCCAACGCCAUCAUUGCUGAAGAGGCCAAUGCCGCUGAGGGACAAAGGAUCGAUCAGGAUGAUGACCAAAGGUGGGCACGCGACCGUACAGGUUGGGCCCCGAAAUUCCAUCAAGAACCCACCGAGGAGGAAAAGGCAGAAGGAACUUUGCUUGACCACCAAACAUUCGUGGAAGCUCAACUGUCCGAAAAGUUCUUUGGAGAUUGGUACCACAACGCCGGCGUGAUCAUAUUUGCCUGUCUGUUUUCGUGGACGAUCGCCGUUCUGGGCGGUGGUAUCGGUUGGGUGCUUAUGGUGAUGGCGGCAUGCAGCACUUACUAUCGCACAUCAAUCCGUCGCGUGCGCCGCAAUUACCGCGACGAUGUGAAUCGGGAAAUGUCCAAGCAACGCCUAGAGACCGAUACCGAAAGUCUCGAGUGGAUCAACAGCUUCUUGGUCAAGUUCUGGCCUAUCUACGCACCAGUCCUGUGCGACUCCAUAAUCGCCUCGGUUGAUCAGGUUCUGAGCACCUCUACUCCUGCCUUUUUGGACAGUCUGCGCCUGAAGACAUUUGUACUUGGUACAAAGCCACCACGUCUGGAGCAUGUCAAGACCUACCCCAAGACUGAGUCCGAUACUGUCAUCAUGGACUGGAAAUUUAGCUUCACUCCUAACGAUACAAUGGAUCUAACGGCACGUCAGCUGAAGGAUAAGAUCAACCCCAAGAUCGUUCUAGAGGUCCGUAUUGGAAAGGGUAUGGUUAGCAAGGGUAUGGAUAUCAUUGUCGAAGACAUGGCUUGCACGGGUUUGAUGCGUGUUAAGGUCAAGCUGCAGCUUCCAUUCCCUCACAUCGACCGCGUGGAUGUUUGUUUCCUUGAGAAGCCUGAUAUUGACUAUGUCUGCAAGCCCCUUGGAGGUGACACCCUUGGAUUUGACAUCAACUUUAUUCCUGGUCUCGAGACAUUCAUCAAGGAGCAGAUCCACAACAACCUGCAGCCCAUGAUGUACGACCCGAACGUGUUCCCGAUUGAGAUUGCUAAAAUGUUGGCUGGUAACCCCGUGGACCAAGCUAUUGGCGUCGUUGCAGUCACUUUGCACGGCGCCAAUAGUCUCAAGAACCCCGAUCCGUUCGCUGGCACCCCCGAUCCAUACGCUGUGGUUUCUUUGAACAGCCAGAAGGAGUUAGGUCGCACCAAGACCGUUCGUGAUACCGACAGCCCCCGCUGGAAUGAGACCAUCUAUGUCAUUAUUACUUCUUUCGCAGAUGCAUUGACCAUAAAAGCGUUUGAUUGGAACGAAUUCCGCAAGGACAAGGAGAUGGGUUCAGCCUCUUUUGCAUUGGACAAGCUCGAGCAGGAACCUACCCAUGAGGGUAUCCACCUGGAGGUCCUGUCCAGCGGUCGUCACCGUGGUGCCAUUCACGCCGAUAUUCGUUUCUUCCCGGUUCUCGAGGGCGGAAAGCUUGAAUCUGGCGAGAUUGAACCACCACCGGAGUCGAACUCUGGAAUUGCCCAGUUCACCGUUGAGCAAGCCAAGGAUCUUAAUGCUGGUAAGAGCAUGAUCGGCAAGCUCAACCCUUACGCUGUCUUGCUUUUGAAUGGAAAGGAAAUUCAUAUCACCAAGAAGCUCAAGCGCACCAACAACCCCAUCUUUCAGGAUAACGCUGCAGAGUUCUUGAUCACUGAUCGCAAGAGCGCAAAACUUGGUCUCAUCAUUAAGGAUGACCGUGAUUUGAUGACAGACCCUAUUAUUGGUCGCUAUCAGAUCAAGGCGCAUGACAUGAUGAAGCUCAUGGAUCAAGGAAAGCAAUGGUUUAAUCUUCACGGAGCCAAAUCUGGUCGCGUGAAGAUGAUGCUCGAUUGGAAGCCGGUUGAACUGGGUGCAAUUGUGGGCGGUUCUGGCUAUGUUGACCCGAUCGGUGUGAUGCGCUUCCACUUCAAGAACGCUACUGAUCUGCGCAACCUCGAGUCCAUGGGCAAGUCCGACCCAUACGCGCGAGUCUUGCUCUCUGGUGUGGUUAGAGGUCGCACUGUGACUUUCCGGAGUAACCUUAACCCCGAGUGGGAUGAAAUUGUGUACGUUCCUAUUCGCAGUGCUCGUGAAAAGCUGGUUGUUGAGGUCAUGGAUGAGGAGAGCAUCAACAAGGACCGCUCCCUCGGUCAGGUUGAGCUCAAGGCAUCUGACUUUGUUCGUGAGACUGAGACUGGCGAGUAUGCAAUCGACGACGAGAAGCAGGUUAUAACCAGCCCUCUCAAGCUAGGACAUGCAGCCAAGGGUCAAAUCAGCUAUACUGUCUCCUUCUUCCCAUCUAUUCCCGUUGUCAACCCCGCGGAUGAAGUUGAAGAGGAAGAGGAAGAGGAAGUACCAGAAGUAUCAGAAGCACCAGAAGCUAACGGCAAUGCUGACAAUCGCAAGAGCAUGCACUCCAAGUCUGCCAGCGUUGACUCGAAGGCUUCAAAAGCCUCCAAGUCUCUUACGAAUGGAACAACCCCCAAUGGCAAUGGCCGCACUAGCCUCGAGACUAACAGUACUUGGGCUCGUGAUUCGGAUGCCAAUUCGAUUCAAUCUGUGAUCAAAGAGGUUCCAAAGACUUAUAUUGGAGUGGAAGAUCUUCCCAAAUAUGAAUCUGGAUUUAUCGCGUUCACUUUUGGCGAGGGACAUUUAGCUCUCAAAGAUGUGCAACUGGAGGUUGUGAUGGACGACCACAUGCACCCCGCUUACAUUUCGCCCAAGAUCCACACGCAAGUUGUCACAACCUCGGACGUUGGCGAAGCGUUUGUUCGCGAGCUUGAAUUUUCCAAGAUCACCCUACGCUUGGUCAAGAAAGAUAACGCCAAGGAUUCAAGUGAGGAGAAUGCUGUUGCGAAGCUGACUGGUGAUACACUGGCCACUUUGCAGACUAUUCUCUAUAACCCGACCGAGCUUCAACUUCGAUCGAACAGUGGUGAAGUGAGCAGGGUUACCGUUAGCGCCCGUUACAUCCCCGUGCAGAUGAAGCUUGACCCCAGGGAAAGCAUCAACAACAUGGGCACUCUGCGCGUGGAAGUAUUGGAUGCUGCCGAUUUGCCCUCUGCCGACCGCAAUGGAUACAGUGACCCUUACUGCAAGUUCCGUCUCGGCGAUGAGAAGAAGGAAGUAUAUAAGACCAAAGUGCAAAAGAAGACCCUCCACCCAUCAUGGAACGAAUUUUUCGAGACUCCUAUCAAGUCUCGCAUUGGCGCUGAUUUCCAUGUGGAUAUUUACGAUUGGGACUUUGGUGACAAGGCUGAUUGGUUGGGUGCCGCCCAAAUCGAUCUGGAGCCGCUGGAGCCAUUCGUGGCGAAGGAGGUGUCUCUGCCUCUUGAUGGCAAGUCAGGUGCCAUUCGCCUAAAGUUGCUUUUCAAGCCCAGUUAUGUCGUCCGCUCCCGACAGGGCUCUUCCACCUUCUCGGGCACUUUUGCCGUGCCCGGAAAGGUCAUCGGUGCCCCCGUCAAGGGUGUUGGCUUCCUUGGUGGCGGUGUGGUUCGUGGUGCGUCCUUCCUUAAGCAUGGUCUGACUCGCGGUCACAAGGGUAAAGGUGACGAUGCUGCGUCAAUUGCACCAACACUCGAUGAGGAAACCCCUGGUGAAGUUCGCGCGGCUACUUUGGCCCCAUCCGCACCUCUUGAGGAUUCGGUCAGGUCAAGCCCUACCACCCCAGUCAAGGAUCACAAUCGUAACAAAAGUACGGCCUCACAAUUUGGCGACCGCUCCAGCGUGUUCGGUGGCGCGGGUCGCGGUGACUCAGGUACUGCCAACAUCACUGUGGUCUCGGCCACUGGCUUCACUCACAACAACCUAAGGGUGAUUGUCCGUUUGCAGGGUACCAAGGGUUCCAAGGACGUCCACAAGACGAAGGCUCACAAGGCAAACGGCAGCCCCGUGCAGUACGAAGAGAGCUUCAAGGUGAACACCACGGCAGAUGCACAAUACCAGGUUCGCGUAGUGGGUCACUCAACCUUCGGCUCAGACGAGCCGCUCGGUGAAGCGCCAUUCUUCGUCGACGACCAGGGCUCUGUUGCUGGACAAGACAAGAGUAUUCCUGUCGGUGAUGGUACGGUGAUCAUCCGUUCCGGUUUUACCUCAUCGGAGUCUACUCUACGGCCUACCACGUCCCACUCCACGGCUGGCGGAGAAGAUCUUGCGGAUAGCCCUGACUCCCGCAAGGCGCCACGCCGUAGUUUCCUCGGCAAGCGCCAUCCCAGUGGUGCUUCGGCACAAUGA